AUGAACUUCUCGCAUGACAGCGGAGACUUCAUUGCGGGCAAAGAAGCAAAACCACUACCACCAGGUUUGAAGCCCUCAUCUAAAGAAAAUGGAAACUUAAGUGAUGUUGACAAAGCUGGAAGUCUUCAUGAAUUUUUAGUGGACCUACAUAAAAAGUUUGGGCCAAUAGCAUCCUUUUGGUGGGGCCAAGACUAUGUUGUCAGCAUUGCUUCCCCUGAACUUUUUAAGGAACACCAAUACGUUUUUGAUCGACCCCCUAAGUUAUUCGCACUGUUUGAACCAUCCAUAACAAAGUACAGCAUCCAGUAUGCAAAUGGAGAGGAUGGCAAGUCACGGCGUUUUGACUUUGAUAAGACUUUCAGUCAUGAAAAUCUUGUCAUCUAUUACGACAAAUUUCAAAAGGUUGCAGAAGAUAUUGUCAAGAAGUUGGAGCAGGCAGGGCCUGAUGAUCAUCUUCCUUUAGGACAAUACAUGUUCCUUUUCGCUGUGAAGGCAGCGCUGGUGGGGCUUUUGGGAGAUUCUUUUCAUGAUGAUGUAGAAGCUUUGGCUUUCAAAGACAGCUAUGACAUAGUACAGGCUUGGGAAGAAAUGAACAGACGUCUAGUUGAUCCUUAUUUACCAUCAGAUGAAGAUGCCAGGAGCAAAAGCUUCCUGAAAGCUUUGAACUCAAUGCAUGAGAUCAUUCAGCGUGCGGUAAAACGACGACUUGCUUAUGGUCAAGAGAGCAAGGACUUCAUUCUGCUAGAUGCUAUCAUUAACCACCAUGAUGACAAAAACAUACCAGAAGCUGAUGCCAUUACCUACACCAUUGGAGGCUUUCACACAACUGGAAAUUUACUGACCUGGACUGUCUACUUUCUUGCUGCUAAUAAGCACUUUCAAGAGCUCUUGUACCAAGAACUUGUUUCAGUCCUUGGUCUUGAUGGUGAUGUUUCGCACCACAACAUCAGCAACCUCAAAUACCUUCGCCAGAUUUUAGACGAAGGCCUUCGCUGUGGGGUGGUUGCUCCCUGGGCAGCACGUUUUGAAGAUGUGGAUCGGACACUAGGUGGAUAUUUUAUUCCAAAAGGGACACCAGUAAUUCAUGCAUUAGGUGUUGUUCUGACAGAUGAGAAAAUCUGGCCUGAGCCACACAAGUUCAAUCCUGAUCGUUCUGAAAACGAGAUUAAGAGCAGACCAAGUCUUGCCUUCAGCCCUUAUGGUUUUGCUGGCAAACGAAUCUGUCCUGGCUACAGAUUUGCCUAUGUUGAAGCAACCAUCAUGCUUGCUACCAUUAUCCGCAACUUUGAAGUCACUCUGGUCCCAGGGCAAACUGUUUUGCCAAAGCAUGGUCUUGUGACCCAUCCAAAAGAAGAAAUUUGGAUCAAUGUUAUGAAAAGAAAAUAGGUCAUCAAAGAAUAUUAUUUUUUGUUGGUGUCACAACAUGCUUGUGCAACUAUUGUAUAAGCAGAGCAGUCUUUAAGUAUUAUAUAUAGUCCAAUAUAUUUUGCUCAGUCAUAUAUGGACAUAAUUCAAUCAGUUGUUAUGUUACUCAGACUGAAUGUUAGUUUCUUGAUGUGCAUGUGUGCUCAUGUAUGUUGAUCCAGCAGAACAGGAACUAUAUGUGUAUCAGAACUGCUCUUUUUAAAGAAUGCGUCCCCUGUUAAUAAGUCCUCAGUUCAAAAUUGAAAAAGAUUCCUUCAAAGUAUAUCCUCCCUUCAAAAUCCCAGAAAGAAAUCUGAGGUUUACUUGUUAGCAUGGUCAGCACAUCCCAUUCUUAAAUUCAAAACCCAAACCAUGCCAGCUUCUACCCCUAGCCCUAAAACAACCCAAACAACUGACCAAGGCCUAUGCUUGCCCCCAAUUUACCAUACAUGCAUACAUAUGUGUGUGAGAGUGAUCAGGAGCGAGCUUUUAACAUCUAUUAGGCUGUUGGAUGUACUUGCCUUUGUGAAUGGUAGCAAGAAAUAAAAAUAAUUAAAUAAUUUUUUGAGUCCUGUUUGCAUUAACAGCUGUUUGUAGAUUUAUUAACAGCUACAAGAACAUGCAUUUUGUUUCCAAUGUACACAUUACAAUACAAGGUUUCAUAGCAUAGUGGCCAUAAGAGCAGUGAACUGUAAGAGGUUCACUUUUCACAGACACACCAUGUUGAAAAUGGAAACCAACACUUUCCUUCUGUUGCCUUUAACAUUUCCUCACUGGCAGAUGAAAAAAAAGAGAGUCCCCCAGUGAUGGACAUUAACAAACCUUGGACCCACAACCCCAUGCUAAAUGCCCUUAUCACACAGCUACACAGCCUUCCUGUAAAAUAUGAACUGUUAGAAAUUUGUUUAGCUGAGAGUUAUUUGACAAUUACAAGUUGUCUUUUUU